AUGUCUUUCGGUAAUGAGACGUGGGACGCGUACCAGCGUGUUAAUGAGAUCUUCGCUGAUCGGAUCAGUGAGGAGGCAGCGGAUGGUGACUUAAUAUGGGUACACGAUUAUCACCUACUCCUCCUGCCACGUCUGCUGCGUGAGCGCCUACAUGCGCAGAAUAAAAGAUGUCCUAUAGGAUUCUUUUUGCACACCCCUUUCCCAGCAGAUGACUUUUGGAGAGGCCUCCCCGUCCAGAAACAGUUGCUUGAUGGAGUCCUGGGUAGCGACGUCAUUGGAUUCCAUACAGAUGAGUAUAAGGCGAACUUCGCUGGUGCCUGCAGUUCUCACAUUGGGGCAGAUAUUGAAGGCGACAAGAUCCACUAUAACGACCGUACGAUCACCAUUGAUAAAUAUGUCGUGGGGAUUGACUGCCAGAGAUUUGCUUCUGCAAUCGAGGAUCCUGGGGUUCAGGCUAAAAUCCAGGAGCUCGAGGCCCAGUACAAGGAUAAAACGAUCAUAAUUGGCGUGGACCGCAUGGAUUAUACGAAAGGAUUGCCUGAGAAAUUGGAGGGCUUCCGUUUCUUCCUUGAUCAACAUCCUGAAUGGAGCGAAAAAGUGGUGUUAAUACAGAUCGCCAUUCCGAGUCGUGAAGAUGUCAAGAAGUACCAGGACCUGGAGGAAGAAGUGAACAAGCUUGUGGGCCAGAUCACUGGAAAAUAUGCUACUCCCAAAUCGACACCCUUGCUCUACAUCCACCGCUCGGUUUCUUUUGCGGAGCUUACAGCUCUGUAUUCAGUGUCUGAUGUCUGUCUCCUCACUUCACGCCGGGACGGGAUGAACCUAGUUGCUUCUGAGUAUGUCGCCUGCCAAGAGGCACGACACGGUGUGUUGGUGCUCUCUGAGUUUACCGGUGCAGCAGUCUUCCUGAAGCAUGGCAGUCUAUUGUUUAAUCCUGCUAAUGCAGAAGGCCUAUCAAAUGCACUUUAUGAGGCUCUUACAAUGGAGAAGAAGGAAAGGAAGAAAUUGUAUGAAAAGUUGCGGAGUUUUGUCACCACGAACACCAGGUUAGUUGUCAUCUUCUCUAUCAUCCUUCCACCUCAAGUUCCUCCUGUCCUACCAGAGGUCCGCCAAAAUUCGUAA